AGUCUAGUACCGCAAUCACUGGAACGUGAACGGAGCUUCGGCAUCGACUGAACUAUUGUCUGGGUUCGACUUAAAGGCACUCUGAGCCUACAGUAGCAUGAUUUGAAGGGCUGGCAUGUAUUUCAGUUAGCAUACCGCUCUAUGUCUCGCCGGCUGACUUACCGUCAAAAUACUCUGCCAGCACCAGGACCCGUUGUAUUACGAUGUCUGCCGCUCGCUCAGAAAGUUCUGCCGAAAUCCAGGUGAAGAUAGUCACUGGAGACGAAGCUCUCGGGCGCCACACAGAAGACCCUGACUUCUACUUGUCUGGGCAAUUAUUUCCAGUACAAAUCAACACGGAGAUCGGAGCAAAAAAAGCCGACCGGAUCUUUCAUGUCAUCAACAAGCUCGGGUACGGAACCUACGGCACCGUCUGGCUAGUCGAGGACACUAAGCCGCCAGCAAAUGCUCCUUCAAGAUGGAAAGCCAUCAAGAUGCACCGUCGAGGAACAGCCGACACCGACCUUCGCGUUCUGAAGGAGUUCAAGCGUGCCGGUAUCAGCCCUGAGAAAGCACUAACCGAGUACCAGGUCGCUAUUCCGUAUGAACAGUUCCCUAUCAAGGGAGGGCCCAAUGGCAAGACUACUUAUACGUGCUCUGUGCUCCCUCUCCUCGGGCCAAAGGUGGACAAUAAAGAGGUUCUUCGUCUUUCGAACGAGGGUUUGUGCCGGGACCGGGACGAUCACGCCCGUCGGUUUGCCUGUCGACAGAUCGCAGAAGCUCUUCAGAAGCUGCAUAACAUGGGGAUCGCCCACGGGGAUUUCAGGCCGGCGAAUAUCCUGUAUUAUCUACCGCACUUGGAUAAACUUAGUGAGGAGGAAAUAAUGCAGGUUUAUGGUCAGCCGGAGGCAGUCGAAUUGGAGGAUCCCGGGCCCUUCAGAGAACCAGACCACCUUGUUUUCCCAGCCAAGUGUGACAUCAACGCACUUCGAGAAAUUCUGGCUCGAAAAAACUUGGACAUGGGCUUUGUAGGGCAACCAGGCCUCCAGGUCCCUCGCGCGACCGUGAUCGACAUGGGCUCAGCCUGGCACCACUCAUGGGAGCCGCGCCACUCGCUGAUUCCCGUCCAUUAUAAAGCGCCAGAGUGCAUCAUACGCCAUUACGGGCACAUGAGCAUGGAAAGUGACAUAUGGGCGCUGGGCUGCUCCAUGGUCAAGAUCUGCUCGGGGCAUGCUGCCUUCCCAGACACGUGGGAAUCGGUCGACAGGUGCCCCGAAACCGACGUGCUGGCCGAGAUGGAAUAUUUUCUUGGCCCCAUCCCCGUACCGUAUCGAAAUGCAUGGAAGGAUCGGGCUAAAGGGAAGAAGACCGUGUUUCCGUCUAAUCCGGCGCAUGUUGGAUUCCUCAGGUAUAGCGCGCUCAAGAAUUGGAAGAAGAGGCAUAGGGCAAAGAAUCCGCUUCAUCUGGCGGUGAUCAAGAGCGAGUUGCCGAAGGAGAAGGCGGACAUGUUUCUGGAACUGUUGCAGGGUAUCUUCCAGUGGUUUCCUGACCAGAGGAUGUCUCUUGAAGAGAUCUUGAGGCAUCCUUUUCUGCAAGUGUCUGGUGCGGGCUCAGAGUUAGUCACGGGAUGAUACAUGUGUAACAGGCGUGUCUGUAAUUGACCGCACCAUUAGGACGGUAGUUGCCCUAGCAUCGAAAUAGACAGAUGAUUAGAGGUAGAGAGCAUUCUGGACCCGCUGUCAAAGAUUGUUCAGAUCCAGCAGCUUCCCAUCGGUAGGCGCUCUUCGUGGGCAGUUUCACUCGUACCUUAUCCUUGAAGGCUGCGACCGGGAAAGAUUUCCAAGCUGCGGUGACGUGAAGCCGUAUCGGAAAUCCAACAGAGAUGUCAAGUUGAAGUCUGAAG